UUGCAGGUGGUGGUUUAGCUUAGCUGCUUCUGUCACAUACCCUUUGGAUCUUGUAAGAACACGCCUUUCAGCACAGGGUGUUGAUGGUGGAAAUAUAAUUUCAAAUUUACGAAGUGGUGUGGCAGCUGAAAAAGCGUUGGCCAUAAGAGAAGGGUUUCUCUAAUAGAAGGUCUAGGCAUAGGUUGACACUUGGCACUAUUAAAUACGCAGUUUUUCAUGUUCUUUCACUCGAGGGUAGCCAUUGUCUUUCAAUUUUAGAUGUGGCUGAAAAGAUCCAGGAUGAUCUCCAAUAGGGGAAGAGGUGGCUCCCCUAAUAGAGGUGGCAGAGGAAGAGGAUCAUAUCCUCUUAUACAACAUGGGAAAUAUUUGCUAAUAGCAUAAAAUAUUGCCUCCCAACCAUCAUCAUCUAAUAUACCCAAACCUGGGGAUCCAUUAUACUCGGCUUUCCAACAAUUCUCGAAACAACAAAAGGAUAAUAAUCCUUUUUCAAAAAUAGUUUCGGAGGAAGAUAUUGAUGAUUCCUCAGAAUACAUUUUGACUCCCCAUAAAGAUUUAAUAAUUCUUUUGGAAGAAAAGGAUAUCAUGUUAUAUUUUGAGGAUAAUGAUGAUCCAUGUAAUUUAUUUUCCAGAUAUUUGGAUACCGCGUCAUACGCAACAUGUUCUUACAAAUCAAGAAAUUAUUAUGAAAAUAUUCUAAGUUCUACAGGUACAUGUGAAAUCUCACAUUUCUCCUCUUCAGCAGACAAGAAAGUUUAUAACUUCAGCAAAGUAAUAUUCAAACGGAUUAUAUCUGCAGAGGAAUGGGGUUUAAGCACCCUCAGGGAAAGAGAAUUUCUCCACCCUGAACAAAAGAUCUCAAUAAAAUACAAUUUCUGGGAUUAUAUCGACAACUUAUAUAAAGCUUUUCUUUAUGAAAAUCCAAAAAGGAAACAUUCCUGGUUUUUCAAAAUUUGUGACCAAGUUUAUAAACAAAAGUUGCCAAAUUGGUUUACACAAUGGUGGAUAUCAUAUGGUCCAAGUAUUCAAAUUCUACCUGAACCAUUCAAAUCUUUAUAUGUUGAAUGGCUACAUGUAGCUCCGAAAUACAAGGAGGCUCUUGAACAUUCCAAUGGGGGAAGAGAAGUAAUACAUACUCUAGAUUUUUUCAUAGAAUUCUCAAUUCCUUGGAUUUGGAAAUGGAUCCCAGAAGUCGAUUAUAGUCCUAAUACGUUCCCAUCUUUACAAAAGUCAUAUCUUACAAAAUUUUGGGCAAAGAUGUUACAAAAAGAUCUGACUUCAAAUGAGAUAAAUUCUAAACAAACGAUUGAUAAUAUCAAUCAAGCAAUUUUGAAAUAUAAAUCACAAAAAGAAUUUUUAUCCCAUAAGGAACAAUCCAACAGUUUUAAUCCUUAUGAGAAGGUAUUGAACUCCAUCAAAGCACAAGGAAAUUCCUCUCCAUCAAAAGAUGAAAUUAUCAAGACCUAUUUCCGUCAAAUGAAAGAAGACCUGCUUCAGAACAUCAAUAAACAAUCGUCAGAUAGCUCCAUGUUAUCUACAGGCAAUGAUGACAACUGUCUUGCAGGAGAAUCUCAGCCACUUGAUGAUAAUAAUGACAUUAUGGACGAAUGUACUGUCGAAGAUGCUUUUGCCACUAUUGAAGAUAUGAUAUUGGAAAAGCUACAAAAGAAAAAGACAAAAACUUAAUAAGUUCAUGAUGGAAAUUUCUACACCUGUUCGCCAUUUGCUUUUAUAAAGCAACAAUAAUAGAGGCAUCUCGGCAUCAAAUCAACCAGUUGUCACAAUGCACUCGAUAGUGCACCCAAUUAUUAUUCUGUAACAUUUUAUAGUUUUUAAUCUUUGGUUGAAGUCCGGGCCUAUAUAUAGUUUUCAUUACUUAUACUUUAUUAUUGUUUGAAUUAGCCUAAUGAUAGGCUAAACCCUUUUAAGUGUUAAGUAAUCUCAUGAAAUUAUGGCUUUAUUAAUUUUGUAGAAACCUUAGGUAUCAUAUAGUUAUUUGUAAUACAAAAGUCUAGGUUAUUAACAGGUAAUUUAAGUUGAAAUGUCUUACCAUUAGUCGUGAUGUUGCCCGUCUUUAGCCAGGGUUUGGCGUUUUUAGGGUUGUUUUAUCAUUGACUUGGUAUAUAUUAACAUUUCAAAUUAAAUUAUUUGUUAUUGUAAAUAAUCCUAUGACCGUAUUUUGACAUAACUAUAUGGUACCCCUGGGCCUUCUAUGGAAUUAUGGUAUCAGAGCCAUGUGUUUCAUAAGAUUAUUUAACACUUAAUCUCCAAAUGAAUUUUCAAAUGUUCAAAAAGAAUAAUAGAAAUAAUGUUAAAAAUCAAAUAAAUGAAGAAUAUGAAAUCCCAAAACAAUUAGAUUUACUAAACAAAUAGACAAUUCCUAGAA